AUGAAAUUUGCUGUACUUUUGUCAGUGCUUUGUAUUGCUGUUUGUAAUGGACUGCCAUUUGCCGAUCAAUUGGCCGCCAAUGAUGUGGACAAUAGCCAUAAAUGGGUUGUGUUGUGCUCCGGGAGUAAUGGGUGGAGUAAUUAUGCCGAUCAGGUAGAGUACAUAUAUCGGGGGUACCAUUUGUUCAGGUGUUAUGGCAUACCGGAGAGCAAUAUAAUUAUCAUGCAUUACGAUGAUAUCGCACACAACAAGAAUAACCCUAAGCCAGGGGUUGUGAUCAAUAAGAAAGGUGGUGAAAAUUUGUACCAUGAUAUUCCUAAAGAUUAUGUUGGCACCGAAGUUAACCCUGAGAACUUUUUGAAAGUAAUUAGCGGUAAUCAAGAAUUAGCUGCGAAGGGCAAGAAAGUGGUCAAGAGUGGGCCAAACGAUCACGUGUUUCUGUAUUUUGGCGAUCAUGGUGCACCAGGUAAUUGA